AAAAUUCAGAUACGUUUUGCGGCGCUGGUUGACAGACCACGUGAUUUUAACAGCUGACAAGUGAUAUUAUAAACACAGAAAACUCCAGCACAAGUGAUAAGCUCUGCUGAACGUUGAAAUCGAUCUUCCUUCGUUUUGCCAGGAACAGUACACAGGCAUAAUGAGUAAAACCCUAAAGCUCAACAACGGCCUUGAGAUUCCGGUUGUGGGUCUGGGGACAUACAAGUCGGGAAAAGGUGAAGUAAAAAGGGCCGUUUCAGACGCCAUAGACGCCGGUUAUCGUCACUUUGACUGUGCUUGGUUUUACGGCAAUGAGGACGAAGUUGGGGUUGCGCUCAAUGAAAAAAUUAAACAAGGGGUUGUUAAACGGGAAGAUUUAUUCGUAACGAGCAAACUAUGGAACAAUUUCCAUGCGAGGGACAAGGUGGUUCCCAUGUGCAAGGAAACUUUGAGCAGUUUGAAACUGUCCUACAUCGAUUUAUAUCUCGUGCAUUGGCCAUUUGGAUUCAAGGAAAGUGCGUCUUUGUGGCCAAUAAACGAAGGCGAAGCCGCUUUCAGCGACAUUGACUAUCUCGAAACCUGGCAAGGGAUGGAAGAAUGCGUCCGUCUGGGUCUCACAAAAAGCAUCGGAGUGUCCAACUUCAACGAGGAACAAAUCGAGCGUCUCAUCAAAAAUUGUAAAAUCAAGCCCGUUGUCAACCAAGUCGAAGUCAACCCGAAUUUAAACCAGAAAAAAUUGAUCGAUUUUUGCAAAAAACACGACAUUGUCGUUACCGGUUACUGUCCUUUGGGGCGUAGCGAAUAUGCCGGAACCCCGGGAUUCCCCGAACCUACAAUCUUCGACCCGAAAGUCAUCGAAAUGGGCAAGAAAUACAAGAAAACGCCGGCACAAAUCGUCUUAAAUUACUUGGUUUCUUUGGGGAUAAGUGUGGUCCCGAAAUCCGUCACGAAAUCCAGAAUUAUCGAAAAUAUCGAUAUUUUCGAUUUCAAGUUGGAUGCGGGUGACGUCGCCUACUUGGAUUCGUGCAAUAAGAAUCAAAGAGUGUGUCCUUUGAGCGAGUUUUCGGCGCACAAAUAUUAUAGUUUUUGAAAUAAAGAGUUGUUUUGUUAAA